AUGGCCAGUGAGAUGUGGAUUGCAAUCCAUGCCAGCACCACCCACAUGCUACACAAAUCACUCCGUCUUAAGAUUCGGCCGGAAAUGUCGAGGCACGCACUUAUAGGUGGCGGCACCGGCUUCAUUGGCCGCAAUCUGGCCAAACAUUUGACCCAAAAGGGCUACGAUGUGACGGUGAUCUCCAGGAUGCCAGGUCCAAAACGCAUCACCUGGCACGAGCUGGAGAAGAAUGGUAUUCCCGGGACUGUUAACGCCGUGGUAAAUGCCACGGGUCAGAACACCCUGGACCCGACGAGGCGCUGGACCCCAGGCUUUCAGCAAAAUGUGUGGAACUCGCGCAUCAACUCGUCGAAAACCUUGGCUCAGGCUAUUAAGUCGGCUCCCCAGGUCACCUCCUUUGUGAAUCUCUGCGGCGUUAGUCACUAUCCGCCCUCGGAGUCCAAGGUUUACAGCGAGGAGGACAAGGUGCAGGGAUUCGACUACAUGUCCAGAUUGUGCCUGGCCUGGGAGGAGGCUGCCCGCACGGGUGACGAACAGGAUUGCAAAUGCACCAUUCUAAGAUGCGGUGCUGUUGUGGGCCUAGGCGGUGGAAUGAUCCAGUCCAUGUGGCUACCCUUUAAACUGGGCGUAGGAGGUCCCUUUGGCAGUGGCAAGCAAAUAAUGCCCUGGAUCCAUCUUCACGACCUGUGCAGCUUGAUACAGUACAUCAUAGAGAAACCGGUGCCGGGAGUGGUCAAUGCGGUGGCUCCUGAAAUAGCUAGCAAUCUGGAGUUCAGCAAAGCCUUUGCCAAAGCCCUCCAUCGUCCCUGCAUCUUCAGCGUCCCCGAGUUUGUGGUCCUUGCUAUUUUUGGAAAAGAGCGGGCUGCCCUGGUUCUAAACGGAGCCAAAGUCCAGCCCCAGAAGGCCAUCUCCUCCGGCUUCAAGUUUCAAUAUCCCACCGUCAAAGAGGCCGUGACGCAACUGACCCUCAAGGGGUGAACUGAAUCG